AUGACUUCUCAUCUGAUGGCCCCCUUCUGCCUGCUGACCCUGCUGCUGCCACCUCUCAGUUUGGGAGCCCCCACGUCCACAGCUGAGUCUAUCACCCAAGCCUAUAACCUGGCGCUCGACAUGCAGAUGCAGACUUCAGCCCUGCUGCAGACUUACCUCGAGCACCAAGGCCGUCCGUUUAGUGGUCCCGGCUUCUCAAUCCCCGAACUCUCACUCAGAACCCUGCCUUCAACCGACAUGCCCUUGGAGAAAUGGAAUGGCCUGGAAGAAAGAGUACGUCUGAGCCUCACCCAGCAGGCCUUUUGGUCCUUCAGCCAGCACCUCCUGCUUGCGGUGCGUGACCAGAAUGACAUAAGCCCUUUGAAUGACAAUUCCAUCGUGGUGGAUCAGCUUUGGGAAGCAAGACUCAAGGCCAAAGGCCUAGCAAUCAAGUUGGUUAGCAUCAUGACUGCCCUGGGCCUGCACACACCCCCAGCAAACCCCCUCGGUACUGUCCCCUAUGGGGACUCGGCCUUCCAUAAGAAGUGUCGAGGGUAUGUAAUAAUCCGGGACUACAGCUUUUGGACAGACCGAGCUGUGACUUUCUUGGGUGAGCUCAAGGCCAAAUACUCUGAAUAG